CUGCUGCUGCUGCGUGGAGGACGGAGAGGAGCGAUACACAUGGAGCAACAUAACCUGAGGACCCCUGUGCUCCCCCUCCACCUCCCCUCCACCUCCUCCUGUCUGUCCUUCACCUCCCUGCUGUCUGCCCGCAUCACCAGAGCCCUGGAAGGAGAACAGGAGAGGUCGGUGUGUGUGGUGCUAACAAACGGUCUACUGGGGCUGUUCCACUGUCCUCGACACCCCUCCACAGCCCCAACCCAUCAACCCCAGAGCCAGCCUCACGACCUUGGCUCAGUCACAGUCCAGAACCAGGGCCUAACCCUGCAAACUCUAGUAGAUAACCUGGAGCCAGACCUCAUCCUUCCCUACGACCAGCUAGACUCUCUCCUCUUCUACAUCCCAGACACUUGCCUUUGCCUGAAGCUCCCCUCCUCCCCGUCAGGAGGACCCUCCACCCCACAGCAGCUCCUCCACCUGCUCUUCACCUCCUGGGAGAUGGAAGAGAACCAGAGCUGUGUGAAAGGAGGUUAUGCAGCACAUCUAGUGGAGACUGCCAUGUUGUCGUCCCAGACCAGCCAGCGGACAACCUCCUCAACAAACCCAACUCUCACUCCAACGAAGACCUCUACUAACCCAGAUACCUUCACCCUCCAAACUCUAACUAAUCCCCUUCUCUCUGACAUCCUAUCCCACGUAGUUCCAGGAGGACAGAGACUCCUCCUGCUGUGUCUCCUGUGUCCUGUUCUUGACCCAGCGCCAUCUCUGUGUGCUAAAGGUGGACUUCAAAGCUCUGUCCCGGGGAACCACCGGAGAUGGACCGUCAGAUGA